CCGGAAGUGGCGGCGCUCCGGGAAGGCGCCGCCGGUGCGGGGGGGGCAGGGCGGCGCUUUUGGGGGAAAUUCGCAAAAAUUUGGGAGCUCCAAAUUCCCCAAAUUCGCCCCAAAAUUCCCCAGGGGGGGAGGGGGAACCCCAGCGCCCCCUCCCCCACUCUGCACAGCCCCAUGUGAAGGAUGCUGAAGAAGCGCAGCCUGGCCCUGCUGGGUGCCGCGCUCUUCCUCGCCUGGAACGGGCUCCUGCUCCUCUUCCUCUGGGGCCGCCCCGGCGCCGCCCCGGGCGCGGCUCCGGCGCCGCCCGGCUCCCGCGUGCUGCCGGCGCAGCUGCUGCAGCUGGCGCACGACGCCGAGGCCGAGCUGCGGCUGCAGCGCGAGCUCCUGCUGCAGAUCCAGCGCCUGCAGCGCCAGAGAACGCCGCCGAAAAUACCACCAAAAACACCAAAAACGACGCCAAAACCGCCGCAAAAAGAGGAAGAGGAAGAGGAGGAGGUGGUGAUCCCGGUGCUGGUGCUGGCCUGCGACCGCAGCUCGGUGCGGCGCUGCCUGGACAAGCUGCUGCGCUACCGCCCCAGCGCGCGGCGCUUCCCCGUCAUCGUCUCGCAGGACUGCGGCCACGCCGAGACGGCGGCGGUGAUCGCGUCGUACGGCGCGGCCGUGGCGCGCAUCCGCCCGCCCGAGCUGGGCGACGUGGCGGCGCCGCCCGAGCACCGCAAGUUCCAGGGCUACUACCGCAUCGCGCGGCACUACCGCUGGGCGCUGGGCCAGGUGUUCGGCGCGCUGCGGCACCGCGCCGCCAUCGUGGUGGAGGACGACCUGGAGGUGGCGACCGACUUCUUCGAGUACUUCCAGGCGGUGCUGCCGCUGCUGAGGGAGGACCGCAGCCUGUGGUGCGCCUCGGCCUGGAACGACAACGGCCGCGAGGGGCUGGUGGACGCCGGGCGCGCCGAGCUGCUCUACAGGACCGACUUCUUCCCCGGCCUGGGCUGGCUGCUGCUGGCCGAGCUGUGGGAGGAGCUGGAGCCCAAAUGGCCGCCGGCCUUCUGGGACGACUGGAUGCGGCAGCCGGAGCAGCGGCGCGGGCGGGCCUGCGUGCGGCCCGAGGUGUCGCGGACGAUGACGUUCGGCCGCAAGGGCGUCAGCCACGGGCAGUUCUACGACCAGUACCUGCGGUUCAUCAAGCUCAACGAGCGCUUCGUGCCUUUCACCCGCCUGGACCUCUCCUACCUCAAGAAGGACGAGUACGAGCGGUUCUUCCUGCCGCAGGUGUACGCCGCGCCCGAGGUGCGCCUGGAGGAGCUGCAGCGGGGCGACGCGCCGGGCGGCGGCGGCGACGCCGGCCCCGUGCGGCUCCAGUACCGCGGCCGCGACUCCUUCAAGGCCCUGGCCAAGGCGCUGGGGCUCAUGGACGACCUCAAGUCGGGCGUGCCGCGGGGCGGCUACCGCGGCGUCGUCAGCUUCGUGUGCCGCGGCCGCCGCGUCUUCCUGGCGCCGCCCCCGGACUGGGACGGCUACGACCCCUCGUGGAGCUGAGCGCGGGCGCGGCGGGGGCGGGCCGACCCCUUUCGGGUUAAAUUCGACCCUUUUUGGGGUGAAUUUGCCCCAUUUUGGGGGUGAAUUUGCCCCAUUUUGGGUUAAAUUUGCCCCUUUUCGGGAUGAACUUGCUCCUCUUUGGGUUGAAUUUGCCCCUUUUUGGGAUGAUUUUGCCCCAUUCUGGAUUGGAUUUGCCCCAUUCUGGGUCAAAUUUGCCCCUUUAGGGGUUAAAUUUGCCCCAUUUAGGGAUGAACUUGCCCCUCUUUGGGUUGAAUUUGUCCCUUUUUGGGUUGAAUUUGCCCAUUUUGGGUUGGAUUUGCCCCAUUUGGGGUUGGAUUUGCCCCAUUAUGGGUUAAAUCUGCCCCAUUAUGGGUGAAAUUUGCCCCAUUUAGGGACGAAUUUGCCCCAUUUAAGGAUGAAUUUGCCCCAUUUAGGGACAAAUUUGCCCCAUUUAGGGAUGAACUUGCCCGUUUUGGGGAUGAAUUUGUCCCAUUUUGGGUUGGAUCUGCCCCUUGCUGAGCUGAAUUUGCCCAUUCCGGGUUGGAUUUGCCCCAUUUUGGGUUAAAUUUGCCCCUUUUCGGGAUGAACUUGCUCCUCUUUGGGUUGAAUUUGUCCCUUUUUGGGUUGAAUUUGUCCCUUUUUGGGUUGAAUUUGCCCCAUUCUGGGAUGAAUUUGCCCCAUUUAGGGAUGAACUUGCCCCUCUUUGGGUUGAAUUUGCCCCAUUUUGGGUUGGAUUUGCCCCAUUAUGGGAUGAAUUUGCCUCAUUCUGGGUUGAAUCUGUCCCUUUCUGGGUCGAAUUUGCCCCUUUCUGGGUUGAAUUUGCCCAUUCUGGAUUGGAUUUGCCCCAUUCUGGGUUGAAUUUGCCCCAUUUUGGGUUGGAUUUGCCCCAUUCUGGGUUGGAUUUGCCCCAUUUUGGGUUAAAUUUGUCCAUUUCUGGGUUGAAUUUUCUCCUUUCUGGGUCAGAUUUGCCCCUUUCUGGGUUGAAUUUGUCCCAUUCUGGGUUAAAUUUGCCCAUUCUGGGUUGAAUUUGCCCCAUUUUGGGUUGAAUUUGCCCCAUUCUGGGUUAAAUUUGCCCAUUUUGUGUUAAAUUUGCCCAUUUUGGGUUGAAUUUGCCCCAUUCUGGGUUGAAUUUGCCCCAUUUUGGGUCGAAUUUGCCCCAUUUUUGAGGGGGGUUUUGCAGAAUAAAAGCUGAGAAUUGUGGGGGUCCCGCCGUCCCCCCCCCCCUCAUUUGCAUCACUGCCAUUUACAUCGUUAAAUUUAAUCAGCAUUAAGAUUAAACCAUCCUCGAACUGGUUUAAAUCAUCUCUGAAAUGGUUUAAGCCAUCCUUGAACUGGUUUAAACCGUCCUCGAAGUGCUUUGAACCAUCUUUUAAGUGGUUUAAAAGUCGCUCUCGAGGGUAAAUUUGUUAUUUUGCGGGGUGGGUUUGGUGCUGCCGGACGAGGGGGCGAAGGAUUUUCCAGAAUAAAAGGUAAAACAAAGGUGAAAAACCCCCCGUGACCCCAGGUUUGUUUCGCUGCCGGCUCCGUCUGAAUUCCAUCCCAAAAUCCAGCAGUUUAAAAGUCUCUCUUAAAAUUAAA